AAUUUUUGCCGUCCCUCGAGCAGAGGCAGAGAGAUAGGGAGCACACGCGCGCCCAGACAACGCUCUGAGAGCAGAGAGGGGCCCCCUUUCCUUCUUCGUGGAUCUAUCCUUCCCCGCAGCUUGCCUCUCCGUCUUCCCCUUCUUCCCCACUUUUGUCGGCUUCGACGCAUCCCCGCCGUCGUCGCUUCUUCGUUCGUUCUCGCCAGCUCCCCUCCCCUCCCCCUCUUUCCUUCUCCCCCUUCCACCCCUUUCCUCCUUUUUCUUCUCCCCCCGGACGCUAACCCCCUUCCCCGACUCUCUUGCCUAGCAGGAGCAACUUCGCUUACCCUAUCGAAAAUGGCUUCGGGGAGGGCCUCGGAGAGCUCCUCGAGGCGUGACCUCGUCGGGUCGACUGGCGCAGGUGGCCGCAAUACUCCUUCGGUCGCGGGCAGUGGCCGACGGGGCCAGGCCAUGUACCAGCCGGGGACGCCGAUCGGAUACCUGGCCGCCAGGGGAACGCCAUACGAGAAGAAAUACUUUACCAAGAAGCUCGGCUUCUGCUGUCUCUUCCUCGCGCCACCCAUCUUCCUCGUCACCUUGGCCAUCGCCCUGGUCCCCGUGCUGUACGCCAUUGCCGACCAUGCGCUCCAUACGUCGCAGUUCCACGUCCAAAGCUCCAACAUCACCUUCCCCACCAACACGAGCUUCCCGCUGACGUUGGGGGCCCAGGUGAAGAAGACGGGCAUCUUCCCGGCCCAUCUCUACUUCCGCAAGCCCAUCCAGGUCUAUUGGAACUCGGUGCCGACGGCUGAGAGCCCGAUGCGCGAGCUGCACCUCGGCCAGUUCAAUCUCGCCCACGUUGGAGCAGCUGCAGGCCAUGCGACGGUCAACCAAGCAACGACGUUCUACAUUGCCGACGAGGCCGGCUUCGGCGAGUUCGCCAAGUUCCUCGUUUCGCAGCCCGAAUUCACCUGGCGGAUCAAGUGUCCAGAGGUGCAUGCAGAGGCCUUCAGCUUCUUCCCCACCUACAAAUCCUUGCCGCUGGUAAAGGACAUCGUUAUCAACGGCCUCGACAACUUCCACGACCUCACGAUCAUCGACCUGCAGCUGCCAGGUGACGAUCCAGCCGGCGGUAUUACGACGGUGGCGACGACGACGCUCGUCAACCCCUCGCCGUUUGGCAUCGAGGUCGGCACAUUGGAGCUGGCGCUCUACUACAAUGGCCUCUUCCUGGGGCCGGUGUCUGUCGAUGGAUUGAAUCUGACUGCCGGUGUCAACACGAUUACGCUGCGAGGAAGAGUGCUCCCUCAGGCCGGCAACAUCACCGCCCUAAACAUCCUCGGCGACCUUUUUACAAAAUACAUCAACAGCGUUACGUCCGAUGUCGUCGCGCGCGGCAUCAGCGCCCGUCUGGCCAGUGGCGAGGUCGUCUCCUGGCUCACCGAGGGCAUCACAGCCCUCGAGAGCCACAUUCCCUUUGUGCCGCCGCAGCCGAUCGACCCGAUCAAGGGCAUCACCAUCGACUACAUCAGCCUCGUCUACUCCACCGAGUUGCCGUACAACCCGACGCUGUUCUCCAACUCGCUCGUGGGCACAUUCGGCCUUCCCUUUGGCUUCUCGCUCAACAUUACCCAGCUCCAAACGUCGCUCGACAUCCUCACCAAUGGCGCUGCCGUCGGUACGGCCAUCGGCGACUAUGCGCCCUCGAAGACCAACAUCCAGGUCCUCAGCGGCGGCCAAACAUCGGGUGACAUUGACCUCUCGCUCCCGCCCACGCAGUUGACGCUUCCCAACACGUCGGUGGCUGCGCGCGAGCAGCUGAUCGAGUUCCAGAACUCCUUCACCUACUCGAGCGCCUCUGCGUUCCAGGCCAAGGGACAGGCCAAGGCCCUCACAAUGACGCCCCUCGGCGAGAUUCUGCUCAAUGGCAUCGACUUUAACGUCACGACCGGCCUUGUCGGUUUGGCGGGCUUGACCAAGUACCCCACCAUCAUCAACUCAGUCGAUGUGACGGGUGGAAGUGCUCAGGCCAUCGAUCUGGCCGUGCAGUUGAGCGUCGUCAACCCAUCGAAUCUGAACCUGUCGACGGGCGACGUCACUUUCCAGCUGCUCAACCAGCAGGUGCUGGGCACGACGACGCUGCCGAACCUGAUUCUGAGCCCGGGCAAGAACACCAUCAAUGCGACGGCCAUGUUCGACCCCAACCAGGCGCCCAUCGGUCUCGAGACGUUGAACCGCUUCAUCUCGGGCCUCGACACCAACUUGAAUGCCUCUGGCUUUGACGGAUCAUCGCCCGUCGAGUCGCUGGCCCACACCCUGUCCGGCAUUCGACUCAAUACGACCCUGCCCGCACUCAAGCAGUCGCUCGUCCAGGCCGCAAACGUCACCAUUCUCGACACGACGGGCACCGUUGACGGUGUUGCCAACUCCAUCGUCCAGAUUCGCAACCCCUUUUCGUCGGAGCUGACCAUUACUCGCAUCGUCGCCAACGCCUCGUCGCACGGCAUCUACCUGGCCCACAUCGACACCACCCUCAACUUCCCGGCAGCGGGUCGAGCAACGUCGCCAUCGCCCAACGUGCCCCUGACUCUGAACCUGUUCCCUCCGGACCUGUUUGGUCUCUUGCGCGCGCUCGUCGUCCAGUCGGGGCAGGACCCUGCUUAUCUCGACGGCCUGGUCCAAUUGGCCGGCUACACGCUGACGCCGACGACCAAUGCCGACACGGCGGCUGCCUCUCGCAAGAGAUCCUUUGAGGGAGCGGAUUCCGUCGAUGACUCGUUUGUCUUUGAAGACGACGACGCCAUGGCCCAGCAGCUCAUGGGCGUCGGCUCCAACCAGGGCGUGUUUGCCGAUGUGCCAGAGGGCUUCGAGGGAGAUGAAGAAGAGGGAGAAGGAGAAGACGGACCCGGUUUUGUGAAGCGGGGAAAAGUCAUUGCCCCCGCACACGAUUCAGAAUUUGGAAAACGCGCUAAUCUUUAUUCCGGCUUCGAUUUGACCCGAUACGUGGGUCAGGCCUUCUCCGUAGCGGAAGCCGAUCUGACCAUCGUCAGCGAUGCCACGAUUGGCGAGUAUGGCACCACGCUCACCUUCAGCCAGCAAAAUGUGCCACUGGGAACCGACGAGACGCUGUUCAAGCUCCUCCCACCGUUGGCUCUGCCCAUUGUACAGAGAAUCGUCGAUGUCGCCGUGCUCAACAUCGACCGUGUCACCAUCACCGAGGCUCGCCCGACGUCCUUUACCGCUCAGCUCCAGGGCUCCCUGACCAACUCUGGUCCCUUUGACGCCGUCGUCUCGUUCCCAUCAGGCCUGUCCAUCUACUGGCAGGGCCAACUUCUGGUUCAGACCGCUUUCCCGAACAUCACCUUGACGGGCGAUCUCGGCGCUUCGCUCAACGUCCAGAUCGAGGGUCAGAUUCCAGAUGUCGACUACUUCACCACCUUCUUGAAGUCGGCCAUCACCGACCCAGCCUUUGAGUGGACGAUCCGCGGCGAGAGCCUCUCUGUCUCGGCCAUCGGCAUCGUGGUGCCAAAUGUCACGAUCACCAAGAAUGUUCAGCUGACGGGUCUCAAUGGCCUGACGGGACAGGUCAUCAUCAACUCCUUUGAUGUUCCCUCCAAUGACCCAGCCGGUGGUCUUCAUCUGACGGCCGUCUCCACGAUCAACAACCCGGCCCAGGUCGGUGUGGCCUUGACCAGCUUUGGCACCAACAUCAACAUGGGAAGCGACCUCGUCGGUCCGGCUGCCGCUGACGGCGCGUUCACGCUCCAGGCCCUGGCCGUUACCACGGUGCCCUUGACUGGUCGCAUUGUUGCGCAGACGACCGACUCUGGCUUGGCUGCUCUUUCGACGAUCUUCACCCGCUUCGUCCACAACCAGAACACGGGGCUUACCGUCUCGGGCCAAUACGCUGGCCCGUCUGAUGUCGUCUGGCUCAACGAGGGUAUCAAGGCGCUCAACGUCGAUGUCCAGCUGCCCAGCCAGGACUUCCAGGUCAUUCGUCUCAUCUCGCUCAACCAGCUUGCCCUCUACUUCACUGUCCCCACGGCAUUCAACCCGCAGACGGACUCGUCCAACACGACGGCCAACUUCUUCCUUCCCUUUGCCUUCCCCGUCGACAUCACCCAGGUCGGAGGCCCCUUCACGGCCAACUACCAGAAUACGGACAUGGCGGUGCUCAACAUUCCCACGUCGCCUUCGACGACGGAUGUCGAGGCGAGGAUCUUGACGCUCAUGUUCCAGAACGUGCCAUUUGCUGUCAUGUCACCCUCGAGGCAACUCUUCAGCCAAUUCGUUGCCGACUUCACCAAGGCGGAGCAGGUCACGCUCAACCUUCACGGAACGGCCACGGCAACGACGAACACGGCAGCAGGUGUCCUGACCAUCUCGGACAUUCCCUUUGAUCUCAACACGAACCUCUUGGGUCUGCAGAACCUCAAUGCUCGUCCGGCCAAUGUCUCGAACCUCGAUGUGUACCAUGGCUACCCGACGUACCUUCAGAUCAACGUCGACACGACGCUCUACAACCCUUCGGACACGACCGUCGGUGCCGGUGACGUCACUUUUGCGGUUCUUUUCCAGAACAAUGUCAUCGGUCAAGCUCUGAUCAAAGACAUCGUCCUGCCACCAGGCGAUGUUACGGUGGCAACGCAGAUCAACUACAUGCCCUCUGGAGAGACCAACAUUGCUUCUGGACAGCUUCUCCUGGAAAACUACGUGCAAAAUGUCACCUCGGACACAACUGUCAUGGGAACGACGCAGACGACGCCCAUCGCCUCGCUCGUCCAAGGUCUCAGCGGCAUCUCGCUCAGUGCCCUCAUCCCUGCUCUCGACAAGCUUCUCGUCACCUCCACGGCGCUCGAGGUGCCCAAGGACAUUGCUCAGACGGGCAUUGCUCAGGUGCAAGUCACGAUUGCCAACCCAUUCACAGCGACCAUCAACAUUAUCCGUCUGCAGGCCGGCGCCGUCUUCCAGGGCAUCACCAUUGGUACGAUUAACCAGGAUCUGGGCGCGACAAACAACAUCAUUACUGCACCUGGCCAUGAGACGACGCAGUCGCAAACGAUCCCGAUCAACCUCAACAUCGAUCCGAAGAACCUUCUUCGCUUCAUCGAGGCCGCUGCUGCUUCUGCUGGUGUUAGCCUUGGCCCCCUUCCGCCGUUCUUCCAGGAGGUUCUCGACUUGCCUGACACGACGACCACCAUCUCGCCCUACCCUGACGAUUCGGCUCCGCCGUGCAACUCGGGACGCGCGUUUGACACGCUGGGCGCCAUUCUUGCUCUGCUCAAGCCCUUGGCUGUGUCGAUUCCCAUCCAGUCGACCGUCAAGCUUGACGAUUACCAGACCGGCCUCGACUUUAUCCAGCAGCCUGUGCCGGUCGUGACGGACAACACGGCCCUGUACCUCGUCGGACCGGCGGCAGCGCCCUUGAUUCAGCUCAUUGUCAACCAGUCCGUUCUGACCGUUGCCCAGGCAAAUGCCACGGCUUUGACGAACCAAGGUUUCGCCGUCAGCCUCCAAGGCAGCCUGGCCACCGAUGCGCCUGCCGAUGCCUACAUUGAGUUCCCAGACGGUAUCACGGUCAACUUCCAGGGCACCGACAUUGCCACGCUGUUGCUGCCACCCUUGUGCGCGAGCCCACCCGACGGUAUCCCUAAUCUCCAAUCGUCUGGUCAGCUCAAGAUCAUCAACGAAGGCGCCUUUGAGGAGUUUGCCUACUACAUUCUCACCGAGCCGAACUUCCAAUGGUUCCUGCACGCCAACACCGUCAAUGUCCGUGCCCUCGGGAUCCAGUUCCGCAACACGAUUCUGGAGAAGACGAUUCAGCUCGAUGCAUUCAAUGGCCUGCCGGGUCUCGUCAUCUCCAUGUUCCAGGCACCCAGUGAUGCGCCGGGCCGCAUCAACAUUGCGACGCAAGUGCCCAUCCCAUCGCCUGCUUCGCUCGGUGUCGAGCUUGGUGCGGCCACUUUUGAGCUCUUCUUCCAGGGCUCCGACAUUGGUCAGGUCACGUCCGAGUACCUCUUCCUGGCGCCAAAGGCAACGACGCUGUCGACGCUCAACGGCUACCUCAAGAGCCAGGUGGGCAACACAGAGGGCUUGGCCAACAUUGGUAUCCUCUUCAGCCAGUUCCUUGCCGGUCAGAACAGCACCCUCCAGAUUCGUGGUGUCGAGGUCAUUUCUCCCGCUUCCAACGGACAGCCGGUUCAGUGGCUCACUGCGGCCUUUAAGCGCUUCACGACCAACGUCAUUCUUCCUGGACACAUCUACCAGAUCAUCUUCAGCAUCACGCUUUCUGAUCUGACUGUCUACGUCUUGAACCCAGCGGACAGCUACACCGUCAUUGGCACGAACCAGCACACGGUUGCGACAUUCUCCAAUCCCUUCGGCUUUGGCCUCCAGCCUCUGUCGCUGCAGCCGAGCAUCGUUCUCACCUACUUGGGUGUCGACACGGCAAGCAUCAACCUGCCCAUGGUGCCUGACCAGUCUGCGGCGUCACACGGACCGACAGAUAUUCAACCCCUGUCGUUUGGCUUCACCAACCAGAGCAUCGUGGCCAUCGACCACCCGUCGUUCCAGGCCUUCUUUGCAAAGCUUGCAGACACGACCGAUGGUACGUUCGGCCUCAAGGGUGUCACGAGCGUCGUGGCACGUACCGAGAUCGGAGAUCCUUUGAUCACGGGCAUUCCCUUCAACGUCACAACGUCGCUCAAGGGCAUCAACUCGUUCAACGGUGUCGCCACCCUCUCGCCUGCCGUCGUCGACGACCCUACGCCAGACUACAUUGGUAUCCACCUCAAUGUCACGCUGGAGAACCCGAGCAACCUUACGCUCUACACGAGCCAGGUCAGCCUGCCGACGAUCUACAAGACGCGCAAUGUCGUCAUUGGUCGUGCCACCAUUGCGGAGCUGGCUCUGAUGCCGGGAAGCAACCUGGUCAAUGUCCUUUUCGAGCUCAUGAUCUCGCCGUUCAACUCAUCCGACGUUCAGGAAGUUAUUCAGCUCUUCUUGCAGCCGAUUGACUUCAUGACGGAAAAUGCUGCGAAUCAGAACAUGAUUCCGCUCCAGAUCCACGGUCAAGUCAAUGCCAAUCCGCCUCAAUCGCCUUACGAGUCGCUCGAGCCGGCACUCACGGGCAUCGUCGCCGACACGACGCUUGCUGGUAUCGCCACCGAUGUCGCCGUCAAGAUUCGCGUCUACAUUCCCGCCAGUGUCCUUAUUCAAGAGCUCGGUGCCAUCUUGGGCCUGGUGCCCAACGGAACCGUGUACGUGUAUGCCUACCUCGACGCCAAGAACGAUCUGCCCGCGGAAAUCGACUUUAUCCAGCUCGACACGUCCAUCGCCGAUUACACGAAUCCGAGCGCGGGCGAAUAUGCUCGCUUCGAGCUCGUCUUUGGCUCCAGCAACUCAUACACGCUUCCUGCAGCCACGUCGACCGGCAACCCGAGCGUGGCGUCUGUAACCUCGCCAGAGAUCCCCAACAUUCUUCUUUCCAAGGGUCUGCUCGCAUCUCUGCCGCUGCUUGGGCACAACCUCAACAUCGACAACUACAUCCGUUUGAAUCUCAAGGGCCCCAACGGUGCCUACUACAUUCCGGGCCUGCACUACAUCCAGCACAAUGUCGACACCGACUACUACUUUACUUUGCUCGACAGCGGCGACAACCUGGGCAUCCCGCUCGACGGCAUCAGUACCAUUACCGACCUGCUCAAUGCCAUCGCCGGAGGAAAUGGCCUCACUGCCAUCAUCGAUGGUCUGUCCGCGCUCGACCCCUCGAACCAGCAAGGUAUCUUCCAGAACCUCACCGGUUUGCUGGGCACUUCGACUGGCAGCAUCUUCUGCACAAGUGGAGGCCUCCCGGCGCUAUUCUGCGAUCCAACGGCUUCGAGCAGCACUACCUCGGCAACGACGAGCUCGACCGCAGCUGUCACAGAUCUCGUGGCAAGCGCCGCGGCGCUGACAUCGACGAUUGCAGCUGCGGCCACGACUGCUGCUGCCACUACGACAGCCGCCGCGGCCUCUUCAUCGUCGACCACCGCUGCGGUCACCCUUCCUUUAUCUGUCUAGAAGUUCCUUCCGUCUACACACUCUUUUGCAUUCUUCUCGUCGGUCCCUUGGUCUAUAUUCCCGCCUUUCGGCCAAGCAACACACUGCCACUCGACUGUGGUUUUUUCGUCUGGGUUCUGUUAAUGUCUUCCGUCGCUGUGACUGCUUGUUUGUUGUUACCACAUUGCAGCGACUCUAUCUCUCAAUUGAAAAGGAAGAUUUGCAAGUAC